UGACAGGGUCAUACACAGGACCAAGCAGGAGCAGGACCUCAGCAUUUUUACUUUUUAUUACAAAUGGAGAAACAUGAAGAUGUUCAAUACUGUUUUCAAGACAGAAACUCUUCUUGCAGAAAGGCUUUUCUAUCGACAUCUAUCCACAUAACACUGUACAUCUUCUUCUCAUUGAUUUCAGCAGUAACAGUAUUUUUGAACCUACUGGUGAUCAUCUCCAUCUCUCACUUCAAGCAGCUCCACACUACAACCAACCUGCUCAUCCUCUCUCUGGCUGUGUCAGAUCUCCUGGUGGGACUGAUUGUGAUACCAGUAGUGACUGUAGCAAUAUUGGAACCAUGCUGGGGUUUUGGGGAACAUUUCUGUGCGUUUCAUUUCUACAUUUCUUUUUUAUGUGCUUCUUUAUCACUUGGCAAUUUGGUCUUGAUAUCUAUUGACCGCUAUGUUGCUGUGUGUGAUCCCUUAUUGUACCACUCUAAAAUAACAACAACAAGAAUCACGUGUUAUCACAGGCCAGAAAGGUAUUUUCAAAAGAGGCUGCCAGUGUGUCUGGUGUUAAAACUGUACAGGCAAAUAAGUCUGAGAGAAAAGCAGCAAAAACUCUUGUCUAUUGUUGUUUUCAACUAUUUCAUUUGUUGGAUUCCAUCUCUAUUUAUUUACCAUUUUUACUCUUUUUUAAUUGACAUUUUCUCAUCAUAUUUCAUCAUUUUUCUGCCACUUGUUAAUUCCUUAAUUAAUCCAAUAAUUUAUGCAUUAUUUUAUCCAUGGUUCAAAGUGACAGCUAAACUUUUAUUACAUUUGAAGAUAAGACGUUCAUAA